GGGUGGCGGGGCGGCUCUAGGAGCGGGGGCCUACCAAGCGCCCAGCGGAGCGACCCCGGCCUGGCCGUGGCCAGCAUGGCCCCGACGCUGUUCCAGAAGCUCUUCAGCAAGAGGAGCGGACUGGGCGCCCCCGGCCGAGACGCCCGGGAUCCGGAUUGCGCGUUCAGUUGGCCUUUGCCAGAGUUUGAUCCAAGCCAGAUUCGACUGAUUGUGUAUCAAGACUGUGAAAGACGAGGUAGAAAUGUCUUGUUUGACUCAAGUGUUAAGAGAAAAAAUGAGGACAUAUCAGUAUCGAAACUCUGUAGUGAUGCUCAAGUUAAAGUUUUUGGGAAAUGCUGCCAACUGAAACCUGGAGGAGACAGUUCUUCCUCUUUGGAUAGUUCUAUGACUUCAUCUUCUGAUGUAAAAGACCAAUGUCCUAAGUACCAGGGUUCUCGGUGCUCUUCUGAUGCCAAUAUGCUUGGAGAGAUGAUGUUUGGCUCAGUAGCAAUGAGCUACAAAGGAUCUACCUUAAAAAUUCAUCAGAUCCGUUCCCCUCCACAGCUCAUGCUCAGCAAAGUUUUUACCGCACGGACUGGUAGCAGUAUCUGUGGAAGUCUCAAUACGCUGCAAGACAGUCUUGAAUUCAUCAAUCAGGACAGCAGUACAUUAAAGGCUGAUAAUAACACAGUUAUUAAUGGAGUACUUGGAAAUAUAGGUCUUUCACAGUUCUGCAGCCCCAGGCGGGCAUUCUCUGAGCAGGGUCCGCUCCGCCUGAUCAGGAGCGCCUCUUUCUUUGCAGUUCACAGCAACCCAAUGGACAUGCCAGGAAGAGAGCUGAAUGAGGACAGAGACAGUGGCAUAGCACGCUCUGCAUCUCUCAGUAGCUUGCUUAUCACUCCGUUUCCCUCCCCAAACUCCUCACUUACCCGAAGUUGUGCCAGCAGCUACCAACGACGUUGGCGACGCAGCCAAACAACAAGUUUGGAAAAUGGGGUAUUUCCUAGAUGGUCUAUAGAAGAAAGCUUUAAUCUGUCAGAUGAAGGCUGUGGCUCUAACCCAGGAAUUGUGAGGAAAAAGAAGAUUGCAAUUGGGGUAAUCUUUUCAUUAUCCAAAGAUGAAGAUGAAAAUAACAAAUUUAAUGAAUUCUUUUUUUCACAUUUUCCUCUCUUUGAAAGCCACAUGAACAAAUUAAAGAGUGCAAUAGAACAGGCUAUGAAAAUGAGCCGGCGAUCAGCUGAUGCCAGCCAGAGGAGUUUGGCAUAUAAUCGAAUAGUUGAUGCUCUAAAUGAAUUCAGAACAACAAUUUGUAAUCUUUACACAAUGCCACGAAUUGGAGAGCCUGUCUGGCUUACAAUGAUGUCGGGGACUCCAGAAAAGAACCAGCUUUGCCAUCGUUUCAUGAAGGAGUUUACUUUUCUAAUGGAAAAUGCUUCCAAAAAUCAAUUCUUGUCAGCUCUCAUUACUGCAGUUCUUACCAACCACCUUGCCUGGGUUCCAACAGUCAUGCCAAAUGGACAACCACCUAUAAAAAUAUUUUUAGAAAAGCAUUCCUCUCAAAGUGUGGACAUGUUGGCAAAGACUCAUCCAUAUAACCCACUUUGGGCACAACUAGGAGACUUGUAUGGUGCUAUUGGCUCUCCUGUACGGUUAGCGAGGACUGUGGUAGUUGGAAAACGACAAGACAUGGUCCAGAGGCUGCUUUAUUUUCUAACUUAUUUCAUAAGAUGCUCUGAACUUCAGGAAACCCAUCUUUUAGAAAACGGAGAAGAUGAAGCCAUUGUUAUGCCAGGCACAGUAAUUACUACCACUUUAGAGAAAGGUGAAAUAGAAGAAUCGGAAUAUGUGCUUAUCACAAUGCAUAGAAACAAAAGCAUUUUGCUCUUUAAAGAGUCAGAAGAAACAAGAACUCCUAAUUGUAACUGUAAAUAUUGCAGUCAUCCACUUCUUGGGCAAAACAUAGAAAAUGUUUCACAACAAGAGAGAGAAGAUAUUAAAAACAGCUCUAAGGAGCUGCUAGGAAUUUCAGAUGCAGGCCAAAUGAUUACUCCUCCUGACUGCCAAGAAGAAAAUGCUGCUGAUGUUAAACAGUACAGAGAUAAAUUAAGAACUUGCCUUGACAACAAGUUGGAGACAGUUGUUUGCAUAGGAUCUGCUCCAGUAGACAAAUGUACAUUAUCAGAGUCAGCCUUAGAGCCAGCAGAGAAAACAUGGCAGAGUGAAGAAUUGCUGGAUUCAGAUAAUCACACAGGCAAAGCGAUGAGAUCCACAGGAAUGGUUGUGGAAAAAAAACCUCCAGAUAAAAUCGUGCCUGCUGCAUUUUCUUGUGAGGCAACCCAGACAAAGGUUACUUUCCUGAUUGGGGAUUCUAUGUCACCUGAUUCAGAUACUGAACUCCGGAGUCAGGCAGUGGUGGAUCAGAUUACCAGACAUCACAACAAACCAUUAAAGGAAGAAAGAGGAGAUAUUGAUAAGAAUCAAGAAACUGAACAAACUAAGGACCAAUCUGGAGAGUCUAAUAUACAGAACAUGGUAUCUGGAGAGCCCUGUGAACUUUCCUGUUGGAAUCAUUCAGACCAAGAAAGCAUGAGUUUAUUUGACGAAUAUUUUAAUGAUGAUUCAAUUGAAACCAGGACUAUUGAUGAUGUUCCAGUUAAAACAAGUACAGACAGUAAACACUGUUGUAUGUUAGAAUUUUCAAAAAGAUUGUGUACAAAGAAUAGCAAACAGAAAAAUGAAUUUUGUAAAUGUAUAGAAACAGUUCACCAAGAUUCAUGUAAAACUUGCUUUCCUCAGCAGGAUCAAAGAAAUAUGCUCUCCAUUCUUGUCCCCCAUGGGGAUAAAGAGAGUUCAGAGAAAAAAAUUGCUGUAGGAACUGAAUGGGACAUUCCAAGAAAUGAAAGUUCAGAUAGUGCCCUUGGAGAUAGUGAAAGUGAAGAUACAGGCCAUGAUAUGACUAGACAAGUCAGCAGUUUUUAUGGAGGAGAGCAAGAAGACUGGGCAGAAGAGGAUGAGAUACCUUUUCCUGGGUCAAAGUUAGUUGAAGUGAGUGCUGUUCAGCCCAACAUUGCCAACUUUGGGAGAUCCUUGCUGGGUGGCUACUGCUCAUCUUAUGUGCCUGACUUUGUUCUUCAAGGAAUUGGUAGUGAUGAGAGGCUCCGUCUGUGUCUCUUUUCAGAUUUGUCUCAUGCUGUGCAGCAUCCAGUGUUGGACGAACCAAUAGCAGAGGCUGUCUGUAUUAUAGCUGACAUGGAUAAAUGGACUGUCCAAGUAGCCAGUAGCCAGAGACGAGUGACAGAUAAUAAAUUGGGAAAGGAAGUAUUGGUUUCCAGUCUUGUUUCCAAUCUGCUUCAUUCCACUCUUCAGCUUUAUAAGCACAAUUUGUCUCCGAAUUUUUGUGUAAUGCAUCUUGAAGACCGGUUGCAGGAGCUUUACUUCAAAAGCAAAAUGCUGUCUGAAUACCUUAGGGGGCAGAUGCGUGUUCAUGUCAAGGAGCUGGGAGUGGUUCUGGGGAUUGAAUCCAGCGAUCUUCCUCUACUGGCUGCUGUAGCAAGCACUCACUCUCCCUAUGUUGCUCAAAUACUGCUUUAACAUGCGUAAAGGUUGUGACAAAUUAACUUCGGUGAAAAGUUUAGUAGAAACCGAGGAAGCAGAUACAACAUACAUUUAUGGAAUUGUUUUUUUCCCUGUUAGAUUUCUAUCUGAAUGAGUCAGUCACUGGUAUAUCCUGAAUUAAUUGCAUUACAUAGUCUGUCUACGAUGGAUGGCUUUUUCUUUUUGACUGGACUUUUGGGUAGUGGUAGAUUUUUAAUCAUGUGAAACUAAAGCUGCAUACAAAAUUGGGGGGGGGGGGACAUUUGAAAAAGCCAAAUUGUCACUUAGAAAUUUUUACAAAAUGAAUAAUAUCAAGGAAUUUCAUGUGAUCACUAUGAUGUUGUCACACUCAUAAAUAGCAACAGAUGUCUCAUGAUUAAAUGGCCAAGAAAUAGUCAUUUCAUUUGUUUUUAAUUGUUUAUUUCUACGGUACAGAGAGACCUAUAUAACCUUGAUUAUUUGUUAUUUUGUUUUGCAAUUCAAAACAGCUAAUUUCUGGUUAUUUCUCAAAGUAUGAGGGGACUUCAAAAAGUUCAUAGAAAAAUGGAAUUGAAAGAUAAUACAAAUUUCUCCAUGAAUUUUUUGAAAUCCCCUUGUAUUUUAAACAGUCUGUUCAUUGUAACAGACUCAAAAUAAUGAGUAAAUGUGUGUUGUUAACCAACCAAGUGUACAUAUGUAUCUUUUUUAAAAAAGCAGAAGUAGGAAUACAAGAUUGGUAAACAUACCUUUUUAAAAAAUAUUUUCAACUAGUAUUAACUGUAUGUAAUGUCAAAAUGUUACUUUCUAGUGAUUUUUCUGUUUCAUGCACUCUAAAAUACAAGUAAAGUUAAUCUUUUUUUAAGGCUGAGGAAUGUAGAUUCCCCAAAUAAGAAUACUACUUUAUACCAUUUGUUUAUAAGUAUGAGCUAAUUCUUAUAAAUAUUAAUAUUUACCUAUUCACUAAUUUAAUAAAUGAAAAAUAGGAUUGAAAAUUGCACCAAAGCAUUGGAAAAAAUAAUACUAUUUUCUUUAAAAGUGCUCAGGUAGCCGAGGCCCUGGUUUUUGGAAUCAGCUUUUCUUAAACCCAUAGGAGCCAAAUAUUUGUUUCUGUGCUUAAUAAUAUUCAAUUUACACUAAUAGAACUCAAAAAUCUUAAAAUUGUUCUUUUCUCUAAGAGCCCUUCCCUUCCAAAAGCUGAUUUUUUUUCAAAGAUUUCCACUUUUUAAUUGUUCUUGUCUUUGUAUAUACUGUAGAGUGUUGCUUGUAAGAAAGGCUAAUAUGGAACCAAACUCUUGUAAGUAAUGUAAAUAGAAAGAUGGGUAGAUAAAGUUUUCAAUACGCUGUACUACCUCAGUUUACUUGAAUACUACAUUACAGUUUAUUCUUUGCUUAUCUGAUGUAAGGUACUUUUACUGCUAGAAGUAAAAUUGGUUCUGCUUUCAUUGACUGUUUUCAUCAUAAUUAAUUGAUUAACUAAAAAAAGAAAACCACUUGCUUAUUCAGUUAUUAGAUACAUUUGCUAUAUAACACAUCUAUUCUUGCUGAUUAAAUUUUUAAUUAUUAACAGAAAUUUUCUGUGGUUUGUUUAGUCUCUAAGCUUGAAUUUAUAGUAUUGGGUCACAUUUUGCCUUGCUCUUUGUGUAUUCAAGAGAUCUCCAACUAGACAAAGAGAAAAUGGAUGUUUUAAUGGCUUAUAAACCUGAAAUUGGUGUGCCUACAAUCAGUUUGACCUGUGCUUUCUUAGCUAGUCUCAGUUAGUACCUGAUUUUCCCAUGGAUGACUUGCUGCCGAAGAGUGUUUAUGGGUAUAUUUUCUUUGGCUUAAUUUUCUUACUCCAUUCAUUAACAGAAUUCUUCUGUUGUCUAGUUUUGUAAUUCUAUGAGUCAAUCUCCUUGGCAGAAUUCAGAAUAUAGAAAAGUUCAGAUGUGGGUCAUUGUACAUUACUUUUUUUUCUUUUUUUUUUUUUUUUUUUUUAAAAGAUGACCGGUAAGGGGAUCUUAACCCUUGACUUGGUGUGGUCAUCACCACGCUCACCCAGUGAGCGAACCGGCCAUCCGUAUAUGGGAUCCGAACCCGGGGCCUUGGUGUUAUUAGCACCGCACUCUCCCGAGUGAGCCACGGGCCGGCCCCGUACAUUACUUUUUGAUAGUAGCUCAGAAUCAUAUGUAGCAGGUAAUUAAUGUCUGUCUCUGGUGUUUUCUUAAUCAUCAGACUAUUCUCAGUCCUAUUGGAAAUGUCUAAUAAAUUACCAGUUAGGAAUUCUAGUCUCAAUAAGGGGAUGGCUUAUACUUUUGUUAUUCUUAGAACUAAGCUUUGCUGGGGUAGAAAAGGUGUAUAGUUUCUUAAAGAAUCAUUAAUCCUUAUAGGAUUCCUGAGUUUUAUUAUUAUUAACCCUUUUGUAAUUUCUGUUAGCUUCAUCAUAGUCAUUCUUUCCUUACACAAAGCCCAACGAAAGAGCUUUAAAGUAUGAACUUUAAAAGUAUAAAGUAUACUUUUAAAGUAUAAAUGAACUUCUUUAAAGUGUGGUCAUUGUGAUGAGUGGGAAGAGAGUUAUGGCCUGUUUGAAAUAAUGUUUUCAACUUCUUAUGGUACAGACAGAUAUGUGAUACAUAUCAAAAAAACCCUGUUUGUUACAACAGGAAAUGAAAAAGGGAUCUUUUACAUUAUAGAAUUAAAACUAAUUUUUCCUUGUAUAUAAACUAAUUGGUUUGAUUUAAAGUACUCCUGGCUUUUAUUAAUAAGUCUUAAUUUUGAGUUUGAAAAUAUUAAGUGCAGUAAACAUACUAGCACAGAUUUCAUUUUGUUGCAGUUGGCGUACACUGAGGAUGAUCAAUAAAAAAAAACCAAACAGAUUUUACAUAAUGCCUACUCUUGAUAGAUGUCUCAUGAGAAUGUUCUGCUUUCUCUAAGUUAUUUAGCUGGUGGAUAUGUAAAAUGUACAUAAUUGUUCCUUGUUCUGUAUACAUUUCUCAAAUGUACACCUGUAUUAUAAUAACCUCCCAGUUCAAGGGGAAAUUUGUGCAAUAAAUACACAUGUCAAUUUGA